AUGCUUUCUGCUUCUAAAGCCGCGGCCAUUCUGGCAUUCUGCGCCCACACUGCCUCAGCAUGGGUCGUUGGUGAUCAACAAACCGAGACUCACCCUAAGCUCAACUGGCAGCGCUGUACCGGCAAAGGUGGAUCAAGCUGCACCAAUGUCAAUGGCGAAGUUGUCAUUGAUGCCAACUGGCGCUGGCUGCACACCGUAGGCGGCUACACCAACUGUUACACAGGCAGUGAAUGGAACCAGUCAGCGUGCCCCAACAACGAAGCAUGCACUAAGAACUGCGCCAUCGAAGGCUCAGACUACGCUGGCACGUAUGGAAUUACCACCAGCGGCAACCAAAUGAACAUCAAAUUCAUUACUAAGGGCCCAUACUCCACAAACAUUGGCGCUCGCACAUACCUGAUGAAGGAUGAGCAAAACUACGAAAUGUUCCAGCUUAUCGGAAAUGAGUUCACAUUUGACGUAGACCUCUCCCAGCUGCCUUGCGGCAUGAACGGAGCACUGUACUUUGUUUCCAUGCCUCAGAAGGGUCAAGGCGCACCUGGUGCCAAGUACGGCACUGGUUACUGCGAUGCUCAGUGCGCACGAGACUUGAAGUUCGUCGGUGGCUCAGCCAAUGCUGAAGGUUGGACCAAGUCCGCCUCUGACCCCAACUCCGGUGUUGGUAAGAAGGGCGCCUGCUGCGCUGAGAUGGAUGUCUGGGAGGCUAACUCCGCUGCCACUGCCCUUACACCUCACUCUUGCCAACCUGCAGGAUACUCGGUCUGCGAAGACACCAACUGCGGAGGCACAUACUCCGAAGACCGCUAUGCCGGCACCUGCGACGCCAACGGUUGUGACUUCAACCCCUUCCGAGUGGGCGUGAAGGACUUCUACGGCAAGGGCAAGACUGUCGAUACCACCAAGAAGAUGACUGUCGUCACCCAGUUCGUCGGCUCCGGCAACCAGCUCAGCGAGAUCAAGCGCUUCUACGUCCAGGACGGAAAGGUUAUUGCCAACCCAGAGCCCACAAUUCCCGGCAUGUCCGGCAACUCGAUCACCCAGGAGUGGUGCAACACCCAGAAGAAGGUCUUCCAAGAGGAGGCCUACCCCUUCAACGAGUUUGGCGGCAUGGCAUCCAUGAGCGAGGGAAUGUCUCAAGGCAUGGUUCUCGUCAUGUCUCUCUGGGACGACCACUACGCCAACAUGCUCUGGCUCGACAGCAACUGGCCCCGCGAGGCCGACCCCGCCAAGCCAGGUGUCGCACGUGGAGACUGCCCUACCAGCGGUGGUAAACCCUCGGAGGUCGAGGCCGCCAACCCGAACGCUCAGGUCAUGUUUUCGAACAUCAAGUUCGGUCCCAUCGGCUCCACCUUUGCGCAGCCUGCAUAG